ACAGUUGGACUGAGAGGACCCCACGCUGCCCAAGUCCCAGGACUUAGGGCAGCAGAGACAUAAGCAGCUACAGCAGGGACAUAAGCACCUGCGCCUAAGCUGGGAGCCCUCUGCUCACGUCUGCCUUGUAUCCUAAUGAGUCCCUGGACACAUGCUCUCUGGUCUUCACGUACAGACCUGUCGGUGGGCCCAUGGAUGUCGGAGAUGAAGGCUCUAUUUCUCAUCAUCAUCUGCAGUGAGGUGUCGUCACGCGACUCAGUUCUGGCCAAGAGAAUAUUCCUCAGGUGCUCAGAGGAGACCAGCAGCACGUCUGGGAGAUCCUCGGGACCACAGGCCCUCAGCUGCACCUUCUCCCCUCCGAAGAUGAUGAGGACGCUACUCAUGUCCUUGGUCAGCUGCCUCGUUGCCAUAAAUGAGGCCAAGCUCAUCAAUCGCUGUGACUUGGCCAGAGUGCUGCACAAGGAGGAUCUGGAUGGGUUUGAGGGCUACUCCCUGAGUGACUGGCUGUGCCUGGCUUUUGUGGAGAGCAACUUCAACCUAUCAAAGGUAAAUGAAAAUGCAGACGGCAGCUUCGACUAUGGCAUCUUCCAGAUCAACAGCCACUACUGGUGCAAUGAUUACAAGAGUCACUCGGAAAACAUCUGCCGCGAGGACUGCAAAGAACUGCUGAGCCCCGAUCUUCUCUCAACCAUCAACUGUGUGAAAAAGAUUGUGUCUGGAGCAGGGGGAAUGAAGAACUGGGUGGCAUGGAGGUUGCACUGUGCGGGCCGGCCACUCUCCUACUGGAUGACGGGGUGUCACAAGGAAUGAGACAGGCGUGGAGUCAUUCCAGCGUUCCUCUUCUCGCCUGGGGAUUCUUCAUGCCUUCUUCCUCUUGCCUCCACUUCACGUUAUUUUCUUUCCUUCCCAUGUUCAAAAAGGACUGACCGGAGCCCCAGGAAUAAAUGGUUUUCUAGGGCUUUCUCCUUGUACCCAUCCAGGCCCAGGCCCCUGGUUCCUGACUGUCAUUCGCAAACCAAGAGAGGACCACAGUGAAGCAGUUGUUAUAUUUGGGGAAUUGUUAAAGCAUUCCUUGUGCAAAGAAUGUGUUGAUUUAUUCAUUUUUAAUUCCAGAUAUCUUCGAGUACCUAGUAUGGCAGGAGGGUGGUAGGUACUAGAAGAAGGAAGGUAAAUCAUAACCAUUGUUCUUGAGGUGUUCACCAUCUGCCUGGAGAAGCAGAGACAUACACGAAUACUGGCUACAGCAAAUGAGUGGAUACAUACAAUGAAUACAUGGUGCUGAUGUGGAGUCGAACCUGCAAAAUGACAACGCAAAGACAGAAAAGGGGCAGUUGGAGGAAUGUUCUACCCAUGGCUACAAUCGGAACUGCCUGAAUAAACUGUCCCGCCUGGGCCACUGCUGUCCCUACUUCUGAGCCUUAACUACUUCAGCUCUGAAGUGAGAGAUUUGACAUUUGAGCGGUUCCCAGACUUUUGGACUUCACAGACCAGUAAAACACGAAAAAAGUUAAGGCCAUGUUAAAAUUUCCAACUUUUUAUUUUAAU